AUACAAGAGUAAUCUUCCUGAUACGUUGAUUAGGCUUAUGUAUUGGUUAGAUUUGUCAGUGCUUUGCUCACUUAGAAAGUUUAUGUAUGAACAUAAAUAUCCUUUAGUAUCAUUAGCAUUUAGGGGUUUUGGAGCUGAUAAAUUUAAUAAUAUUGUUCUCCACAAUAAAGAGAAGACUAUUCAAGUACAAAUUGAAUAUGUAGACAAAUAUUAUAUAGAUAAUGAUAUUAGUUACACUAAACUGUUUAAUAAAAAAGAACGAAGUUUUUCUAUUAGUAAGUAUUUUGAUAGUUUUGUUACACAUUUGAUAUCUAAAGUAGACAGCUCAUUAAGUAAUAUAGAAUAUCUUAUUAUCUAUACUAAUUCAGGUUUCGAUCUUACAGAAGAAAAGAAUUUGAAAAAAGGGCGAUCUAGAAAUUUUUAUCCAUUUAAGCUUGUUAGUAUAGAUGUAAAGGAAUGUGAUAUUUUAAAAGACUUUUUGUUUACAAAUGAUAAUGCGAAUAAGUGUGAUUUUUAUAAAUUUAUACAAGAUAGGACAACAAAAAAGGAAUUUUUAAAGCGAUUAGAAUUUUCAUCUACUGUGAAAAAAAUAAUAGAAAAAAGAAAAUUGUCUCAGGAAUUUGAAAAAGAAAUAAAAGGAUCAUUUUUAGAUAAAUUAGUAUUUGCAGUUAAUCAGCCUAAUAGAGAAGAACUAAACAGCAUAGUUAAAAGUGAAAUAGAAAAAAGUAAAAUUCUAGAGGAUUAUAUAAAAUUACAAGAAAGAGUAUUAUGUAAUUUAACAGUUUCAGAAAAAUGUAAAAAAGGUGGAAAUGAUAUAUCUCAAAUUACAUAUGGAUUCAAUUUAUUAAUGUCCUUCUUGCAUGACAUGUUCUUGCAUAAAAAUAUGUUUUCCAUAAACUUUGAAGGAAAAAGAUAUUGUAUUUCUAAUGACAUUAUUAUCAAUUAUAAAAAUAGAUUUACUUACGUAAAAGCUUAUACUAUGAACAGUAAUAUUGGUUACAGUCAGUUGUUUUGUUCCAAACAACAGAAAGAGAAGAGUCUGUUUUCUAUUAACAAACAGUUUACUUUCUUUGUUGAAGAACUAAAAAAUGAUGUAAGAUAUUUUAUAAUGUAUACUAAUGCAGAUCUGGACCUUACAGAAGGAAAACGUUUAAAAAAAGGGAAAUCUAAAGAUUUUUUUCCUUUAAAAUUUGAUAGUAUAGAUAUUCGAAAAAAAAGGUAUAAAAUUUUAAGAAAUUGUUCGUGCAUACGUCAGGACAGUCUUUAUCGAUUUACGGAAGAAGAAACAAGAGCGAAAGUUUUAAGUUUAUUGCACCUUCCUCCUACUUUGCGAAAAGAAAAAGAACAAGGAAGACUUUCAAAUGAGAAUGAAAAAGAAAUAAAAGAGAAAUUUUUAGAUAAACUAAUAUUUGCAGUUAAUCAAGCUAAUAAAGAAGAGUUGAGAAGGGUUAUUAGAAAUAAGGUAGAAACAAAUAAUGAGCCUAAUAAAGUUUUAUAUAAUUACAAAGAAUUGCAUGAAAUAACAUUACGUUGGUCAGAAUCUCAUGAAUUUGGACCAAUUACUGAAAAAAUAAUGAAAAAGCUUCUUGAAGAUAUAAAAAAUAAUAGAUUUAGUUAUCGGAAAAUUCAAAAUAAGAACAUUAUCGAUGAAAUUAAAUUUGCUAAAAGUGUGGUUGGCAAAGUAGGAGCAACUGCAUUUAAUCAGUUCUUAGACUUUUUAAUUAAAGGAGAAGGAAGAAAAUAUCUAGAAGUUCUAAAAAGAAACGGAAUAAAUCUAACAACUAUGUCUAGCAUUUUAUGUGGAGCUGAAACUAAUCCUGAAAAAGCAUUUAAAGAUUUAUAUGAAUUUUGGUUUGACGUAGAAGGAAAUGAAACACAACAUUUAAAAGCUCUAAAAGAAGCGGGAAUAAAUCUUUCUAAUGUGUCCAGUAUAUUGUGUAGAGCAAGAGCCAAUGCUCCAGAAGCUUAUAAAAACUUAUAUGAUCUUUGGUUUGAUGCACAAGGGAACAAAACGAAAUAUUUGAAAACUCUAGAAAAAGAGGGGAUAAAUCUAGUUAAUAUGUCUAGUAUCUUGCAUGCAGCAGGAGCUAAUGCUGCAGAAGCUUUUAAAGACUUAUAUGAUCUUUGGUUUGAUAGAAAAGGAAAUAAAACACAAUGUUUAAAAAAUCUAGAAGAAAAGGGAAUAAGUCCAGCUAACAUAUCCAGUAUUUUAAAUGGUGCUGGUACUAAUGCUGCAAAAGCAUUUAAAGACCUAUAUGAUCUUUGGUUUGAUGUGAAAGGAAAUAAAACACAAUAUUUGACUACUCUAGAAGAAAAAGGAAUAAAUCUAACUAACAUGUCUAGUGUUUUGAGUGCAGCAGGAGCAAAUGGUGCAAAAGCUUUUAAAGACUUAUAUGAUGCUUGGUUUGACACAGAAGGAAAUAAAACACAGUAUUUAAAAACUCUAGAAGAGAAGGGAAUAAGUCCUGCUAAUAUAUCCAGUAUUAUACAUGGAUCAGGAGCUAAUGCUGUGAAAGCUUUUAAAGGUUUCUAUCAUCUUUGGUUUGAUGCAGAAGGAGAUAAAACACAAUACCUAAAAGCUGUAAUAGAAAACAGAAUAAAUUUGCCUAACAUAUCCAAUAUUUUGAAUGGAUCAGGAGUUCAUGCUGCAAAAGCUUUUAAAGACCUGUAUGAUCUUUGGUUUGAUGUGAACGGAAAUAAAACACAAUAUUUGAAAGCUCUAGAUAAAAAUAAAAUAAAUCCAGCUCAUAUAUUCAGUAUUUUACGUGCAUCAGGAGCUAAUGCUGCAAGAGCUUUUAAAGACCUAUUUCAUUUUUGGUUUGAUGUGAACGGAAAUAAAACACAUUAUUUGAAAAAUCUAGAAGACAAGAGAAUAAGUGCAGCUAGUAUAUGCAGUAUUUUACGUGGAUCAGGAGCUAAUGCCGCGAAAGCUUUUAAAGACCUGUAUUAUCUCUGGUUUGACGCGAACGGAAAUAAAACACAAUAUUUAAAAUCUAUGGAAGGAAACGGAAUAAGUCCAACUAAUAUAUCCAGUAUUUUAGGUGGAUCAGGAGCUAACGCUGCACAAGCUUUUAAAGAUCUGUAUCAUCUUUGGUUUGACAUGAACGGAAAAGAAACACAAUAUUUAAAAACUGUAAGAGGAAAGGGAAUAAGUCCAGCUAAUAUAUCCACUAUUUUACAUCAAUCAGGAGUUAAUGGUGCAAAAGCUUUUAAAGAAUUAUAUGAUCUCUGGUUUGAUUCAGAAGGAAAUGAAACACAAUAUUUAACAACACUAGUAGAAAAAGAAAUAAGUCUGCCUCCCAUAACCAAAAUUUUAAGUGGGGCAGGAUCUAAAGCUGCAAAAGCUUUUAACGACCUAUAUGAUGUUUGGUUUGAUGUGAAUGGAAUGAAAACAGAGUAUUUAAAAACUCUGGAAGAGAAGGGAAUAAGUGUAGCUAAUGUAUCCAGUAUUUUGCGCGGAUCAGGAGCUAAUGCUGCGAAAGUUUUUAAAGACUUAUAUGAUCUUUGGUUUGACGAAGAAAGAAAUGAAACACAUUGUUUAAAAACUUUAAUAGGAAAAGGAAUAAAUCUGUCUCACAUAUCCAGUAUUUUGAACGGUGCUGGCACUAAUGCUGCAAAAGCUUUCAAGGACUUAUAUGGUGCUUUGUUUGAUGACCAAGGAAAUAAAACACAGCAUUUAAAGCAUUUUAUUAAAGAGAAAAGUGGGAAAAAAAGUUUUACACUGCAUCACUUAUGCAGUAUAUUAAGUGAAUCAGGAGCUAAAGCUAAAGAUGUUUUUGAACAGUUACAUAGUAUUUGUUUUACUGUUAACGGGAAAAGAACAAAACUUUUAGAUGAUUUCUAUAAUGCAGGUUUUAAGCCAAGUAACAUAUCCUGUGCACUAUGUGGGUCAGGAGUUAAUGUUAAAGAUGAUUUUGAGAAAUUACAUAGUGUUUGUUUUACUGAUAAAGGUACAAGAACGAAGGUUUUAGAUGAUUUUUAUAAUAUAGGUUUUAGGCCCAGUGAUUUUUGCAGUAUACUGUCUGGAGCAGUGGAUAGAUCUACAAAAUUUCAUGAUUUUUGCUUUCUAGGAAAGACUAAAAAGUAUUUACAUAAUUUCUUAAUACGUGGUUUUACGCCGACAGAUGUAUCUAAGAUAUUGCGUGGAGCAAAAGCUAAUAUUUGUUCUGCUUUAAAACAUUUUCAUGACAUUUGUUUUGAUAAAUCAGGAAAUGAAAAACAGCUUUUACACGAUUUCCGUGAGGCAGGGUUCAUGCCUAGUGAUUUAUCUAAUUUAGUGAUUUAUCCAUGA